ACAAAAUAAAUAAACAUAAUUUUCACAGUAAAACAAAAAUUUGUUGACUCAGUAAAUGUUUAACGAAGACAGUAAAGAAUGUCAAUCACAUUUUUAGAUUUAGUGGACUAAAGACAGUUUUAUGAGGAUGUUAGAGAGGUGGAACGUAUAUUCUUAUUAUACAUCUGAAGACGAGAUUGAUGUGGAUGCGAUGACGACAGCACGAUCAUGCAAAGAUCAGUUUAUAAAGAUUGACGUUCGAAAUCCAAGGACACAUAUAAGUCGAGAAAAGGCAUUGUAUACCGACUAUGAAAUUACAGUACAGACUAACAAUAUCGCAUUCUCAAGCCCUGAUUCUGUUGUUAGAAGAAGAUAUUCAGACUUCCAAUGGCUUUACACGCGUUUGCUAAGUCAGUACAGACUUGACCAGCAUUUACCGGAGCUACCUCCAAAACGAUUAUUUGGACGAUUUAAACGACCAUUUUUAAAACACAGACAAAAGGGAUUACAACGAUUUUUAGUUGAAAUAACGAACGAACCUACUUAUCUUUCGGACAUUGCAGUUCAUUUAUUUCUGCAAACUAAACUCUCCGUGAAGGAAAUCGAGAAAAGGUUAAACGGUACAGAUAGUGGUGGAGAAUUAUUAGAAGUGUUACAAUCACCUUGUGCAUCACGUGGUAGAGGACUGUCAAGAAGUUCAUCACAUGUGGAUGGUGUUGAUGAUAUGAACUUUGAACACGAUAGCGGAUUUUCUUACAGUACCACAAGUUCAAUUAACGACGGAAUGGCGCCCCAUACUACUUCUUAUAAGCCAAUCGGAAAUGGACAUUGCUUAUCAUCUCCGCUAGAUUUGGACAGGAUUCAUUCGCCUUCGCGUAAACUCUUUUCUAAAUCUGAACUAGCAUGUCAUAAUUACGAUGGAGUACACAUAUAUGAAGACCACUCUGCUUUUCACUCCUCCUCGGAUGAUGAAUAUUUUCACAGUAAUGAUUAUGAUGCAGACGAUGAAAUCGACGGGCAAAUAAUCGAAGAAAAUAACAACGAAGACUGUUUAGAAUCGUCAGAUGAUGACGAUGAUGAUGAUGAAUUAUUUUGUUUUUGUAAGGACAAUCAAGGCACUGUGUAUUCAUUAGACAGAGCUUUAGAAAUUAUAAAAACACGCCCAAAGCUUACAGAUCGGUUAUACUCUCAGGAAGACAGCGAUGAUUGCUUUCAUGAGUCGGAAUAUGACGUCAUUGAUACCGAAGAUGAUUUAGAUAUUACAGAAAUUGUAGACGAUGAUACUUACCCCAAAGCAUCAAUGCCAAAAGUUAAAGUUCGAUCAAAUAGUUACAGUGAGGGUGGUAUUGUGGAAGUGUUGGCACGAAGUAAAAAUAAAUUAAAAACUGGAAAAGUCAAAUCUUUGCCUAAUAUUAGAUUCCCAAUAAGAAAUAAGAAGGCGACAGUUGGUGUUAAGAGGAGUUUAACAUAUCAUGGCGUGUAUGAUAUGCGUUCCAGCAUUUUAAAAGAAGUGAAUGAACAAGAGGAAUUAUUACUCUCUGAUGAAAACUCAAAUAAAACGUUUCAUGAGAAAUAUCUUUCUCCCACACUAAAAUUUCAUAAGUCUGAAUCAGACGGACAACAGUUGACAUCAGACGCCGAUUAUUUAACGACGAUACAUAAACAUAUGUAUAACAGCCACGACAGUCAUGCAGAUACAAUCGACACACAAGCUGAGGAUAUCGCGCCGUCAAAAUUUUACGACUUUUUUAAGAAGAAGAAAAAACGCGUUCCAAAUGUACGGCUAGUAUCAUUUCGAAAAAUGUCUAACGAUGACGAAGAGCAAAAAGGUCGUUUUCGUGUAUCCUCGGUCACCGUCAAUGAAACGCAAAAUCAAAAUUAUGCCGUCGAAGAGAACGAUGAUCUCAUAUCAAAUGAAAAUAUUGACGCUGUGACGUCACCAGAGAUUUAUAUAAACGAUUGCACAAAAAUAUUUAUAACCUCGGAAAAAGAUUCUGAAAAAUCAAACAAUGUUUUAGAAGUUUGUGAGAAAAAUCUACAUAGAGAGGAUAAACACGAAAGCGAUACAUCUACAAUUAACAAUGAACAAUUGACACCAGUUACCAAGGAUACCCAUGUUUGUGUCUCGCUGUGUCGUAACGAGUGCAAUUUCUCGUCGUCUUAUCGAUUGAGUGCGGAAGAAAUGACUGUCACAGAGCAAACGACACCACUGAGAAAGACAUCAAACGUCGUGAAUCGGAAAGAUACGAUUACGUCUUUAUUGAAAACGUACGAUAUCAUUGCUGUAUGAUUGGUCUUCAUUACUUGAUUUGUUGUCUGUUUGUUGUUUGUUUUUUUGUUUACUUGUUUGUUGUUUGUUGUUUGUUGUUGUGUUGUAUUGUUUGUUUGAUGUUAUUUUCUACAUAUGAUAAGCAGUUGCUUGUAAAUUAUAUUUACUGCUAUUUAUAAUUAUUGUUCUUGCAUUGACUGCAUUAAUAAUUUUUUCCAGCCUAUUCAUUGGUUUUAUUUGUUUGUUUCUAAUUUUUUUCUUAUCCUUUCUAAUAUUGUGUUUAAUUGUGAAAUAAAUGCAUGGUAAAUAAGAGAGAAAUGAACAAUAGAUUAAUUUCUACAUGAUUCUCCCAUUUUACAGCGGGCUGUGAAAGUGGGGAUGUUAUUGUACACAAACAAACUUCAAACAAAAAAGGUUUGCAUUGAGAAAUAACAGGCUGGUUCCGUUAUUUCUUAGACUUUAGCGCAAAGAAAAAAUUUGUUUCGAAUUGAAUUUUAUAUGUUGAUCGUUUAUAUUAAAAUAAAUUUCUGAAAACGAUAUUUUUAUGUAAAAAAAUAUUUGAUUUGUAAAAAUAAACAUUGUAUUAAAAAAUAA